GACGAGCAGGAGAGAGUACAAAAGAAAACAUUCAUGAACUGGAUCAACGCUCAUUUAGCUCGGCACGUUCCACCGCUGAAGCUAAAUGACCUGAUCGAGGACCUGAAGGAUGGUACCGCCCUGCUCGCCCUGCUGGAGGUCCUCUCGGGGGAGAAGCUGCCCAUCGAGAAGGGGCGUGUCCUGCGGCGCCCACACUUCCUCAGCAAUGCCAACACGGCGCUCACUUUCCUCCAGGGCAAGAGGAUCAAGCUGGUGAACAUCAACCCGACAGAUCUUGUGGAUGGCCGACCUUCCGUGGUGCUGGGCCUCAUAUGGACCAUAAUCCUGUACUUCCAGAUCGAAGAGAACACGCGGCAGCUGGAGCGCCUGAGCCAGCUGAUGGAGCAGGAGGCGGGCACGAGGAGCGACUCGCCCUUCUCCGUGGCGUCGGAGCCGGGCACCAUCUCCCGCGACCGCCCGCCCUCCGUCACGCGCCGCUCCGCCGCCGCCGAGAAGUGGAAGCUGGGCGCGAAGAAGGCGCUGCUGGAGUGGGUGCGCCAGACGGUGACCAAGAAAUUCGGCAUUGUGGUCAACGACUUUGGCGGCAGCUGGCGGGAUGGCAAUGCUUUCUUGGCACUCAUACACUGCAUCAAUCCGCGACUUGUUAACUUGCAGAGUAUGGCGCACAUGAGCAACAAGGCCCGCCUGGACGCCGCCUUCCGCCUGGCCGAGAAGGGCCUGGGCAUCCCCCGGCUUCUGGACUCGGAGGACGUGGACGUGGACAAGCCCGACGAGAAGUCCCUCAUGACCUACGUGGCCUCCUUCCUGCACAAGUUCCCCGAGCCUGGCGUCACGCACGUUCCGGAGUGCACCAGCCCGACGCUCGAGGCCUCCACCGGCGACGACAUGUUCAGCGAAAUUGAAAUGGAAUACACGGAAUUGACGACCUGGCUUUGUCACACGUCCAAUUGGCUGGACACCCUUCACGACCCCGACACGCACGGAAACAUCAACUAUGAGAGGUUCAAAGCCCUCAAAUCCGAGGCCGACGAGAAGCAAGUCAUCUAUGAGAAACUGAAAGGCCUCAUGGACUCACAGUCGUCUAUGAUAUCCAUCACCUCCGAUUCAUGGCAGGAUAUUAUCGCCUCCUGGAACAAGGUGUCGCAGCAGCUGUCUCACUGGACGUGGCUCCUGGACGCCUCUCUCCCGGGCGCCCUCGGACCCAUCGGCGAGUGGCUCAGCCGCGCCGAGGCCAUGCUGGGGACGGAGGACAAGCUGCACGGAAAGCAUGAUGAGAUCGCCAACCUCCUCAGCAAGAAGAUCGAGGAGCACAAGGCCUUCUUCGCCGAGCUGCCGUCCAUCGUGACCAAGUUCGAGUCCCUCAAAAACUCUCCGGACGCCAGCGUGAUUCCGCCGCAGCAGCUGGAGUACAUGGAGCUCCGCCUGAAGACGAUCGCCCCCCGCGCCGCCGUCAGGAAGAUCAAGCUCAAGUAUCUGGAGCAUCGGUACUGCCUCGUGGCCUUCCUGAUCCUGGUGGAGGCCAAGCUGAAGACGUGGGCGGUGAAGUACGGCAGGGAGCAGGAGGUGCAGCAGAUCCUGAGCGAGUACCGGUCCUUCGUCGGCACCAGGAACAUCUUCCAGGAGUUCGACCGAGCCUUCCUGGAGAUGCAGCAGGUCGCCGAGGCCUACAAGAAGGACUCGAAUCUCAGUAAAGCAGAGAGCGACGGCAUCGCCAAGUUCCUGCUGGAGAUGAACGAGCGGUGGAAGAACGUGUCCGUGGAGCUCCGCUGCAUCCAGUCUCUCCUGGAGGAAGUGAUCACCUAUUGGCAGAAGUUCGUCGACUUGACCGAGCAGUUCGAAGUGUGGCUCGAGCGCGCGCUGGCGAUGGUCGGCCUGCCCGAGGAGGAGAAGAUGGAGUUCUUCCAGGACUUGGGCGAAUGGCGAGACAAACACACGCAGAUGAACGAGACCGGAAACUUCUUGGCCGCCACUUGCAGACCCGAAGUGGCACAAGAGAUCCGCGAGAAACUCAUUACCAUAAACGCCAAGUGGGACGAGCUCUUCCAGUACGUGCAGCAGUACCUCCACCGCGGGCAGAUCCUGCGCACCAAGAAUGACUACCGCUCGGGCCAGGAUCGCCUCGAGCUGUGGCUGGAGAGCGCUGAGGUCACCCUGAACACGACCAAUGUCUGCACCGUCGAAGCUGUCAAGGAAUAUGCUGAGGAGCUCAAGAAACUGAACACGGAGGUCGAGGAGAUGGAGGUCCUCUUCAAGAACAUCUCCAAGUCCUUCCAGGCCCUCGUGCAGGAGCUCACCCCGGACGAGAUCGAGAGGAUGAUGUGGUCCUUGAAGCAAGAGAAGGAGGAGCUGGUUCGAAUCCGCACCGCCAUUCCCCAGAAGACCUACUUGGCUACUCAGAUUAUUACCCAGCUGGAGGCAGUGGACUCCGGCGUGAAGGAGAUCAACAAGUGGUUAGACGAAGGAGAUGCUCUUUUGGCGUCAUUCAGUCUCCACGGAACGAGUGAAAACAUCCAAGGACAACUUGACAAACACAAGACCGAAGACCAGCAGUACUGCUUUACCUACACGGGAACCAAUGAAACCACAAGGCAGCAGUUGGAGAUGCACAGGGUAGGUCUAUCAACGUCAGAAUAAGGAUACUAUAAUUUCUCAUAAUCCAUCUCUUUGUCACUCUCUAUUUGUAUUUGUGUAUUUCAAUUUCUUUGUCUUCUUUUUUUUUAAAUAUAUCAUUGUGAUCAUUUUCCGUGGAUUUUAUAUGUAUU